CACGUCCAACGGUAUCAGUAUCUAAACUUCCAUCAGAUCACCUCCGUGGGUCCAAUAAUACAUUCCGUGGAUCUCUCGAACUCUUUAUGUAGAUCGGCAUCUAAAUCCAAAUCCAUUCGAUUUCUUCUCCUCUAAUGGUUAUAUAACUUCCAUAUAAUCGAUCUGAUCAUCAUUCAUCACUCAUCACUGCAAUCGUUACCAAUGGCGGACCAGAAACCACAGCUGUUUGAACUAAACAAUGGAACAAUCAAGGUUAUGGUGUCUAAUUAUGGUUGCACCAUCACCUCCUUGUUCGUUCCUGAUAAAGACGGAAAAUUGGAUGAUGUUGUUCUUGGAUUUGACACUCUCGAACCCUAUGUGAAUGGUUCUGCACCCUACUUUGGUUGCAUUGUUGGGAGAGUUGCAAACAGGAUUAAAGAGGGGAAGUUCACACUCAAUGGGACUGAAUAUUCUCUUCCAAUUAACAAUGGUCCAAACAGUCUCCAUGGUGGGCUUAAAGGAUUUGACAAGGUUGUUUGGGAAGUCGUUGAGCAUAAACAGGGAGACAAUCCAUCAAUAACCUUUAAAUACCAUGCUCGUGAUGGGGAAGAAGGUGACUAA